AUGACCGUGCCGAUCAGCCAGCAGGCGGUUGUCAACAACAGCGCAGCGGCACGAGCUGCGGCUGAGCAGCUGCGGCAGGAGCAGCCCGAGCUGCAGGCACCGCCCCUGGAGCUCCGGCCCGGCGAGGUCGCUUAUUUCGCUUACGGCUCCAACAUGGCGCCCGCCAUCCUCACCGGCCGCCGCCGCGUGCGCCCGCGCCUCAGCCUGCCCGCCGCCGCCCCCGGCCUGCGCCUGUCGUUCGGCAUGCUCGGCUUCCCCUUCGCCGAGCCUGCGUUCGCGACCCUCGUCCCAGCCGGCCACCCGCUCGCGGCCGGCGGCGCGGCGGCGCCGCCCGCGCACGGUGUGCUGCACGUCGUGUCCGCUGAGGAGUGGCGGUGGAUCUGCACGUCUGAGGGCGUGGGGAGCAGCAGCGCGGGCUACCAAAUCGCAGCCCUGGAGUGCGAGCUAUACAAGCCUGGGGCCGCGUGGCGCGGCGGCGGCGGCGGCGGCGGGGGCGGCGGCGGCGGCAAGAGGGUUGUGCGGGCGGUGACGCUGCAGGCGGAUGCCAAGGUGGGCGCCGGCGGCGGCCUGGCCCCGGCCGACGGCGUCGCGGGGCUGGACCCUGACUCGUCCGCGCUGAUGGUGGCGUCGUCAUACCUGGGGGCCGCGGCGAUGCGCGCGACGUGGGCCGUGCACGACGCGGUGCUGUCCGGCGUUUUUGGCAGCGGAUGCAGCAACCGCCAGUGA